AAAUGUCAAACAGCUUAGAGCGCCGGAGAGCGCAGCCACCGACACUGCAAUUUGAUGAACUACGAAACAAAUACAAAAGUUGUUUAUUUUCACGGUUUCGACCCUUUUCAACCACUAGACACUGCUAAGCAAUUUGAUUAAGCCAUGUGCUUUAGUUGAGUGAAAUCGCUGAGAACAAAGCUUUGAUAAUGCAAUGAAACGUGUAAAAAUAUUUACAAAUCACAGUUAAAAUUCUCAGUGAUAUUUAUACUAUACUGUUGUGAUUCCUUAGCACGUUAUCUUAAAAUCUCAAUGGAGUUUAGCAUAUCUUCAAUAAAGCAGGAGUCUGAUGCAGAUAUCGACGAUGAUGAUCAUUCCCGCAGCACAUUGCUAUUGCCAAUUCCUCGGGUGCAUGACAACGAUUUUAUUACCAGUGACGAACAAGAGAAUGAAUUUCUGCGCCUCACUUCCAUGGUAAGAGAGGUGUACUUUUCACACCUUUAUAAAUCUUUAUACGCAAAUUACCUGGCAUGCUGCGAAACGAAGAACACUCCUAUCUUGCAUCCAGAUUUAAAAAAAUGUGCCGGACAAAUGGAAAUUGACGCUGUUAGAGCUUCGUUAGAAGCUUCAUUGUAUAGACAAGCAAUGCUUAAAAUGAUUUCAGAUGUAAAGGGGCACACGUCUUUGAAAAAAGUGCACAACAAAUUGAACCAUUUUUUAAAAGCGCCGAAAAGAUAUAUCGACAUUGGUGUUCAAACAGACGAAGUAUUAUAUAUAGAAAAGAGUCGAACUCCAGACACAACGACUCCUUUAACCACGAAGGAUUCUCAUGUUCAAAGUUCAUCAGUAACGUCGAACUACGAUGAAUCCAUAGUCCCGGUUGUUAGUCCACCAAUAGAAAUGAGAAAAUGCAGUUUAGACGAGAGAGUAUCGUUGAUUCUGAAGUCGGAAGUCGACAUUCAGGACGAAAAUACCGUUAUAAAGUUUGAAAAUGAUACGGAAGAAGUAUCUCAAUCUGAAGCAAAAGACUGUAACUUCGAUUUGAAAUCCGAAGACAUGUUCAAGUCUAUAAAAGACUUCGCAUGCCUUCAGACCAGCGGGUCUGCACAGGUGCACAACGACGUUGAAGCGAUUUUUGGCGAUGACAACACAGUCGACAUUAGUCAAGUGCAAAACGAUAACAAUGAUUCGCAAGAUUCGAUUCUGCAACACAUGGAAGAUAUGUUCUGUGAGAGUAACGACAGCAGCGAUCUGAUGGCCCUGAUAGAAAAGCAUUCCGGAAUUUCUAAAGCCAAUAUAGAUAUGGAAAUCUGCAAAAUGUGUCCAGAGAUAAAUGCUCCAAAGUUUGUCGCCACACCUGUCGUAAAGAGAAAAGAUAACACGGGUGAAUCUUCAGAAGUACAUGCAAACAAGAGAAAACUCAGCUUUUCGAGUUACCAAAAAAUGAAAAAACGAGGAAAGGGUGAAGAAUGCGCCUCUCCAAAAGCGGAAGAGACUGCAGAUGAAAAGAAAAAGCGGAAAGCGAGUGGCGUUUGGUUGGUUGAGCGGAUUCAUCAGCUCUCAAAGUUGAAGGCAAAAAUGAUGGAGAUUUCGACCACAAAUUAUCGCAGACACGGCAGAAUAAAAGCAAAGUUUUUAGAACUCUUUGGGGAGUCUGACGACGAAGAUAUGAUGCCUGAUUCACCGAUUUGUAUUGAGGAACACUUGAACGCUUGUAAAGAACGCAUCGCUCCUUGGGUUGUUAAGCAUUUAAUGCCUUUUUAUAAAAAAAAACGGAUCACAGAUAGGAAAUUAUUCAAAACUGUUGCCAAACACAUCGCCGAUAUGCUUAUCAUAGAAAAUACAUUUCCUGAAGAAAUUGAUGUGAAUAAACACGUACAGAAAUACUUCAAGAAUAAGAAGACGAUAAAAACGAAACCAGACAUAUUUAUAUGAGGAAUGAACGUCCAUGAAUAUCCCACCACGAUUUUCCUUGUUACAACAGGUUGUACCAAAUUAGUUUAUGUAUCACUCACCAAAAAAUAGGUACAGUAUUACAGACGAUGCGAAAGUGGAUCGAAGAAAAUAUAUGAGGUAACUAGAUACAUAUCUAUAUGUAAAAUCUUAGAUAAACGAAAUAUCGUUACGUCAUGUAAAUAUAUGAAUAACAAAAAUAAUCUGUCUAGGAUUUCAGUGUUUCUUGAUAACCUGUGUAAUGAAUAGUUACAUCAAUAUGCAAAGUAGGAAUUCUCAAGAUUGCCUUGAAGCCCAUGAAAACCGUUGCGCUAUCAAUUUUGUGAACACUGAUUCGUUAUUGCAUUUCUUUUAGUAACUAAAAUGUUCGCUCAUAAAUCAAAGCCCCAAUUGAAGCUCAAGUUAAAGAAUUCCGUAAGUUUAUUACAUGUACAUAAUAAAAAUGUGAUUACGUAACAAGAAAUAAUAUAAAAAUUUACAUGUUUAUAAUAGAUGUAUACAUAUUGAAUUGUUAUACUUCCGUUUACAGAAAACAUUAAAUUCGGAAAAACGAUGGUAAUAAUAUUAACAACAUAUUGAUAUUCAACUUAAGGUAUAUUAGCAUAUUCCUAUAAUAACAAGGGCAAGUAUUUAUUUAUUUAUUUAUUAAUUUAUCUCGACACGUUUUUGUCGCAGGCCAAUGGUUUUUACUUUUGCAGCUAUAUUUAAAUAGCUAGCUUGUAAGUUAAUUGUAAAACCGAGCUUUAAUCGCUGGGCGAUCUGACUAUCACUUUUUCAAGUAUCUUCAGACUAUUCAAAUGCCGCCUGUUGGAAUGUUUAGUCUAACAAUAAACUGUGCAUACCAUAAGUGAAUAACGAGGGUGUUUUUUUUUUAUUAUUUACUGCAGAAUAUGUGUAUAUAGAUUACAAAUUUUAGAGAGACAAUUUCCUGUAACCAAUUAUUAUAUUUACAAAUGCAUUAAUCUCGCAAAUAAUCGGAGUCAUGUGAAAUCUGAGAGAAAAUUUCAUGUGAAAAACCAAAGAAAAUAUUUCCUAAAGCAAUAGAAAAAUAUCUCCGUAGAAUAUAAGUAAUUACAAUUAACAUUGUAUAAACCUCAAAUCUCAGAAAAGAUUUCAAUUUAAGAAAAUCGAGUUUCAAACCGUUGCAGGAAAAUGGGAAAUAUUCAUAAAGCCUAGCUAAACGCCUAAAUUCGAACAACAAUAGUAAUAACGAUAGUAACAAUUAGACUCUUGCAGUUGAAAUUCCCAGUUGUUAAAUUUUUCUGUGAUCAAACGAUAGUGGAAAUUGAAUUGAAUUCAAUUUAUCUCAUUUGCACUGUCGAAACUUCUUCCAAACUAGUAAUAUUGAAUUACUGUAUAGCAAUCGUUCGUCGAUUACUUAUUCCAUUCAGA